GAUAUCACUUCAAACCCAAAUCCGUUUCCGGACGUGCUAAAAUGACCUCGAAUCCAUUUCCAAAUAUUCCAGAUCGUAUUUCCCCCAACGUAUCCCCCUCAUUCUUACCAAAUCAACCUUUGGGAUCGUCCCUUCAUAACCUGGAAUUUGAAGAUGAGGAUUUGGAUGAGGAUCAACUUAUUGUGGCCUUGCACCUUGGUCAAGGGCGUUUAGGAGGAGCCUCUUACUCUUCGGAUUCAGCCUCUCUCUCCGUUCUGAGCGAUGUGACCGAGAUGGGACCCGAGUUCCAACUCACCCAAUCCUUGAUGACCCAAGUGCGACCUGUUAAGGUUUUGGUGGGUGCCCGACAAAACGCUGAGUUUUUGGACCGAGUACGGGAGAUUUGCGGCUUGGAAGCUCACCAUCAGUCUAAUGUAUAUAAUCUAGGAGAGAGGGGCGAUUCAGUUGAAGAUGUUUUAUCCACUCCUGGAGGUGAUAUCUCAUCUUCUAUUAUCACUGCGGGUCUGUCCACACUUAUUACAAGAGAUGCCGCGUUGACUAAUGUGGAGCUAAUAUACCUGAACAGCAAGGAUUUUGACUAUGAAUCUUGCCAUCGGCGCGUUUCGGCUAUUGAAAUCCAUCAGUUCAUGCAACCAAAUCGAGAUGAGUCCGCAGAGCAAGAUCGGAUGCUGCACCUGCACAAUCUCAUUGAUUUCAAAAGUGAAAAUGCGAUUCGAUCUGCUGGAGCCCUGCUCAAAUACUUAGACUUGAACCUGGGGCCUGAAGUGCCCAAAAAGAGGGCCAAGAAGCACAUCGAGGAACCCGUCCCGACAUUCAUUCUUUCCAUCAGGCCUUUGACAAUUGAGAAUAUUUUGUCUUUGGAUGAAACUACUUUCACUGCCUUGCAAAUCUUCAAUGCAGAUUCACGGGCUUCCGGAAGCAAAGCUGGGAGCUGGAAUAAAAAGCGAGAAGGACUGAGCCUCUUCAGCGUUUUGAAUCGUUGUAAAUCUGUUCUCGGCAGCAAAUACCUUCGUCACAUGUGCCGAUGUCCUACCCGAAAUCUGAACUUGAUUCAAAAUCGACAAGAAGUGAUCUCGUUCUUGGCCAGUCCCGGUCAAGGGGAACUGGUCAAAGCUCUCCAAGGUUGCCUCACCUUGGUGAAGAAUGUCCCCAAAUUGCUCAAAGGUUUAGUGUCCACUCAAGCUAGCGUGAAAACUUGGAAAAGUUUGAAGAAAUCGCUGCAAGGUGGUUUAAUGUUGAUCGAGGUCUGCGGUCAAGUACGCAACCCAGUCAACAUCUUUCGCAAGAUCAGCGAUACUCCCAAGCAAGCCCUGUAUGAAAUCGCUAGCUUCAUUGACCGCAUCCUGGACAUGGAGAUGUCCGAGGAAAGACAAAAAUUCACUGUCAAUUCCGGAAUCGAUGAGGAUCUGGACGACAUGAGGCGAUUGCACAAUGGACUUCCCGAUUUACUCUUGCAGAUCGCCCAGAAAGAAAUCAUAGAUCUACCCGACUUCAUGACAGAGUGCACAAUGAUCUACGCUCCUCAAAUCGGAUACCUGCUCGCAGUUCAACCAUGGCAAGACGAUCUGGAUGAAGACGACCUCUGGGUUCAGGAUCUGGAAUUCAUGUUUUUGGCCAAUGGGGUGCCACACUACAAAUCUCGUCGUUGUGUUGAGUUGGACGAGUACUUUGGGGAUACAGCCACCAAGAUCUCCGAGAAGGAGACCUCCAUUAUGGUCCAAUUGAUCGAUUUCAUUUUGAAACGUACCGAGGAUGUUCUGGCAAUCACCAGAUACGCAGCAGUUCUGGAUUGCCUCAUGUCCUUAGCUAUCGUGGCCGGGGAACUGGGAUGGAAACGUCCUCAAGUAAUGCCGCCAGGAACAUCAGAUCUGAAAGUAGCCAACGGUCGCCAUCCCCUACAAGACAUUUGCUCCUCGACUUUCGUCCCCAAUCAUGUUUUCAUGGACUCUAAAGUUAGGGCGAUGAUUCUCACGGGACCGAACGCUUGCGGCAAGAGCGUGUAUCUCAAGCAGAUUGGACUCAUCGUCUACUUGGCUCAUAUGGGCAGCUAUGUACCCGCGGACCAAGCCGUGAUCCCUCUGAUGGACCGAAUCUACUCACGCAUUCAAACAGUCGAAUCCAUCUCCCUGGGAUUGUCUUCCUUCAUGGUGGACGUGAAUCAAAUGUCACUCUGCUUGAGGUCCGCCACACCCAAUUCUCUUAUUUUGGUGGAUGAAUUCGGCAAAGGGACCUCGGAAACUGACGGACUAGCGCUUUUGGCGGCCACUUUAGACCAUCUCGCGACCCAAAAUCCUUUCCUUUUGGUCACGACGCAUUUCCAGAGCAUCAAGAGCUGCCUUCAAGACGUGUCGAAGUUUCACUUUUUCACCUUUGACCACAAGAUGGAUGAAAACGAUCGAUUGGUGUAUUUAUACCGCCUUAAACCCGGCCUUUGUUCCUCAUCCAUGGCUUGUUACGUGGCUAGAGACGCCGGUAUUGAGGAGAGAAUUGUCCGGCGAAGUCGUGAGAUCGCUAAUUGUGUGGCCGAAGGCACGCCCAUCAAAGCUGCACCCUUGAUUUACAAUUUCCAGCUGUGCGAAAGCCUGGCCGAAAACUUUAUCAAUCUAGAUUUGGAGGAUCGCUCAUCAGUGGAAGCGUUUUUCGACGACCUUCAAUCCAAUAAAUUAUGGUAA